UCGACCCUGUGGUCCUUAGAGAGUCACGCGGUCAGUGUUUUGGGUAGUUCUACGUGGUGAGGAGUGGGACAUUGUCGUGCACCUGGACACCAUGGAUGACUACCCCAUGUACGGUCUACUCAUUGGGUUCUCCCUCUGGGGGACCCUUUGGCGUUUCAUGUUUCUGUUGGGAUUCAGGAACACCUUUGCGUGUAGGGUAGAGACCAAGGGUGGUACGACCACGCACCCCUACACCCCUGAAGAAGAGGCCAAGGCUGCCGUCAUCCUGAAAGAGAGGAGAGAGAAGAAGGAGGCCAAGAAGAAGGCCUUGUUGGAGGAGCAGGCGGCGAAAUUGAAGAAGAUUGAGAAGGAGAUGGCCAGAGAAAAAGAAAGGUUGAAGAAAGAGAAGGAGGCGAAAUUGAAAGAGGUAGAAGAGGAGGAGGAAGAGGAACAAUUGGUGGAAAGGAGGAGAGAGCAACGAGGGCAGUACAGUGGAAGUAAAAAUGAUGAGAUGGAGAAGAGGAUCUCAAAAUGGGUGGCCAACUUGUCUUUGGGCGAAGAGGAAGAGGUUGCCAUGUAUAUCCCCAAGGACGAACAGGAGGCCGCCAUGGAAGAAUGGGAUGCAGAUGAAGAUUCCCUAAAGCGGCAGGCGAUGGAGGAUGAGAAGAAGAUGGAGUGGAGGCUCAGGAUGAUGAGGGAAAAUAAAAGAAGAGUAGAGGCGGCAAGUGAGGUGGCCAAAGAGUUGGAGCAAGUCAAGAACCUGAGAGAGCAGAUGGCCGCCACAGUGGAUCUCCAACGAAAGGUGGAGAUCAUUGCCCAGAGUGUUGAGCGCUUAGCCCGGGUAGAGGGAGAACAAUAUGAGUUCAUUAGAAGUCAGGAUAUGGUCGUGCGCUCGAUGCGGAUGGGAUUUCGGGACUUUGUCCGCGAACUGGUAGGCGCAGUAGGGGCCGAGGUGAACCAUCGCCUCGAGAAGACUGAACGAUUUUGCGUGGGCGCCAUUGAAGGCGUCAAGCUGACAGCCCCCAAAGAGGAAGAGGCACAUCCUCGGAGGGAGCCAGUCAAAUUCAAGUUCCCCAAUUCCUACAGUGGAAAGAGGGAAGAGAACUUUGACAAUUGGGAGGCCAACGUCAAGACUUAUGUGCACUUGCAACAGGUCUCCCCGGAUCAACACGUCUUGAUUGCUAUCCAUGCGCUAAGAGAUGAGGCUGCCAGUUUUGCGACGUCCCUAGUCCGCUCUGCCAACUGCAACGACGAUGUAGUUGCCUACUCUUAAUUCACCCCCCUCAUAGAUUUCAUGAAGUUGUUGCGCGAGCGAUUUGCUGAUGUCGCCCGCAGUGUCA